AUGGUCGUGCCAUCAUUAAGGGGAGGAGGCUACCACCCCCCUCUCCCUCCUUCGGUCUCCUUCUCUUCCCAUAACCUCCUCCGCCAGAGACGUCGUCCAACAACUACGCCUCCGCCUCCAACAAUGCUGCCGCCGUUUCCAGCGGUUGCCGGUACCUCCUGCCGCCCCCGCCGCCCCCAGCGGUUGUGGGUACUGCCGCCGGCAGCCACCGCUGCCUCCUUUCGUGGUCACAGCCGCAGCGUCCAGCGGCCUUUACCACCGCCGAGUCCGGCGGCCACGGCCGUUGUGUAUAGCGACCACCACAGACUCUCCUGGCGUCUAGCACCGCCUCCUCUUUUGGUGUCCAGCGCCGCCACCUCUUCAGGCGUCCAGCUUCGCCGCCUCUGGCGAUUACUGUCGCCACUGCCUUAG